CAGGUGAUUGAGUUUGUAUAAUUGCGCACCUGGAUUAGAAACCUUAAAGUGAGGUGUUUAGGGGACCGUUUGUUGCAUGUUGAAAAUUGCUCAGAACAACUAAUAAUAUUUUGACCUAGGAGAAAAUAUGAGCGGCGGAGGAGGUACGCCUUACAUUGGCAGUAAAAUCAGUUUAAUAUCCAAAGCCCAGAUUCGUUAUGAGGGCAUUUUGUCCUCCGUCGACACGGACAAGUCAACAGUGGCUUUAGCGAAAGUCAAAUCAUAUGGGACUGAAGGGCGUCACACGGACAGACCAAUUCCCCCCAAAGAUGACGUUUAUGAAUACAUAAUCUUCCGGGGCAGUGACAUCAAAGAUAUAACCGUGUCUGAACCGCCGAAGCAACACCAUGGCUUGCCUCCUGACCCUGCUAUUGUUCAAUCAUCUGUCGGCGGAUCAUCUGGUGCGUACAAUCCACGCUGGAGUCAAUACAGGGACAUGAUGCCCUCCUACAACCAGCUGGCUGCUAGCUCUCUACUCAACCAGCAGUAUGCAGCUGCCCUGGGACUAGCACCAGGAUUUCAGGGCCUCCCAUCCAGAAGAGGCCCAAUGGUAGAGCAGGCUGUUCAGACUCUUCCGAUGGCCAGCGCAGCCCAGAAGAGGGCUCAGCCGGCCAACCAGCCGCAGGCCAGACAGCCAGUUCGUCCCUCGCCGCGGCCCGGCCGAGAUGGACCCCAGCCACUAAGGAGGAAUGCUCCCAGCAGUCAAGUAGCGCCACCGACCGAUGCAAACAGGGUUAAAGAACAAACCAAUGAUGAAAAUCAAAGGCCAAGAAGAAAACAAGGAAGCCGCAGGUCCAGGAACAGGGGCCGAGGCCAGCUGCUUGUGAAGAACUCAAAGCCUUCCACCUUGCAGUUUGAGUCGGAUUUUGACUUUGAAACUGCCAAUGCUGAGUUCAACAAAAAUGAGAUCGUAAAGGAGGCUUCAGUGCUUGUCCCUCCAGAUGGGGAGGAGAAGGUGGAACCUGGUGUGGAGGUCCAGGAGAACCAGAGCCCCGAGAGUUCCCCUGUGGAGAAGUGCUACGACAAGGCAAAGUGCUUCUUUGACAACAUCUCCUCAGACCUCAAACCCCGAAGGACCACCUGGGCGGAGGAGAAGAAGCUGAACAUUGAGACCUUUGGCGUUCCUGGGCGCUUCCUGAGGGGCCGGGGGUUCAGAGGGUACCGCGCCCGCAGAGGCCAGUCUGGCACGGAGCAGCCUGCCCCGCCUAAAGUGGGCAGUGGAAGAGUGUGAAUAAUUUUAUUUAUUUAAUGAUCUUUUUUGUAAAUGGGCCACGAGUAGUUCAAUAGUCUAACAUUAUUG